AUGCUCAGCGAACCGGAAUCUCGCAUUUUGUCGUCUGCGUUUGACACGUUGGCAAAGGACUUUGAUCCAAAGGAUGCGGUGAUUUAUCUGGAAAGCUCUGGACUGCUUACUGCGGAUCUUGCAGAGAAGAUUGAGGCAAAGGCAACUCGAUUAGAAAGGAUGAGAGAAUUCUUACGGAUAUACCGCAGACAGGCGACGGAUUGUGAGCCGCUUAUUUCAUACUUUGAGUUCGCGGGCCAGGAACACAUCGCAGAUUUGUUGAGGACUGAUUUGGAACACGUUCUAGAUAGUUAUGAAACUUCUACCGAAGUGUCUCAUUUUCCGGAACAUCUUCGGCUACGAAAAUUGUUCGCAGGAGGUGUUCCGAGAGUGUAUCAGCAUGUACGAAGAACACAGUUGCAGAAUGAUGUCGCCAAAGUAUUGAGAGAACGAAGUGACCUCGCUGGAUGUGGUAAAUCAACACUAGCGGCAGCCGUUUUGGCGGAUGUUCCAGAUUUGUUGGGAGGUCGUUUUGAGUCGGUGGUGUGGCUGCAGGACUCACGUUCCAAACGAGACCAGGCGCAUAAGCUUUUCACGGAUCUUCUUCUUAUGCUAUGGGAUGAUAAGAGUUCGGAUCCUCCAAGAUUGGUCGAUGUGUCUUCUGUGUAUUUAUGCAAACAGAUCCAAGAGGCUCUGAUUGAUAAUCCGAAUGUGCUCGUUAUUCUGGAUGACGUUGUACAGGAAGAGACGCUUCGUGUACUGGCAACCAGUAGAAAUGCAGAGCUGUUCGCCUGUGCUUUAUGCUCUGUUGACAUUGUCCACGUCGACGGCAUCACUUCUGCAGAAGCGACAGAGUUUUCUCCAUUGAUGCGACACCAUUGCAAGGAAAGAAGGGAAGAAGUAGAUCAGUCGGCCAUUAGCGCUGCAUUCGCAGUCUCCAGUGGAAAUGUUGCCUUGCUGAAUAUGCUCAAAAAGCCGCUUCAGCGUCGAGCGGGAUCGGCUUUGGCUACAUUCUCCCGCCACUUAGAAGAACGCGGCUUGUCGUGGUUGACUCAGAAAAGCUCAUAUGAGUACGUUUCGAUGCACAUGUCAUUGACGACAUCAGUAGAGCGUUUGUCAUCAGACGAGCGAGAUACUCUUGCGUGUGCCGCGAUCUUGCCGUCGGAGGACGACAUUCCGCUUCAGGUGUGGGCGUUAUUCGUGCCAGUUGAUGUCGUUGACACUGAUGAGGCCGAGUUCCUAAUGUUUUUGUCCGAUCGACUCAGUAGAAUAUGUAGCAAUGGCGGCUGGUUAUUGCAUAAUCCGACGAAGGGCACUUUUCGAAUAAGCAGAAUGGUGGAGAUUUAUCUACGAGAGGCUCUUGAUUCGCAGACAGUUAAG